UCGCCGUUUCCGGUUAGCCCUCUUCCUGCCGUAAUGACGACCGUCAUGAUGAGAGGUUUGCAGGCGGUUCGGUGGAGUUGGCAGGGUGCUCUUACGGCAUAUCCUCGUUUGUUUGGCGGUAAAUUAACGGAACUUGCAGGAGGCAACACAGUACAAUCUAUUCGACACAAAACAAUAUAUUCAGCGCUUCCAGAUGAUUACAACUGCAAAGUGGAGCUUGCCAUGACCUCUGAUGGGAAAACUAUUGUAUGCUACCACCCGUCAGUUGAUAUUCCCUAUGAACACACAAAGCCCAUACCUGUGCAGGACCCUAUAAACAACCACGAAGAGACACACGAGCAAGUCCUCAAGGCCAGACUGCAAGGCACAGAAUGCAAGCCUGCACCAACAAUGGAAGAGCUCAGUAAAAUGUUCUACACAACCAAACACCGCUGGUAUCCAGUUGGACAAUAUCAUAGAAGACGCAUGAAGAAAGAGCAACUAAAAGACAGAUGAUCUUCAGCUUUUCGUGUUACCUAUUUUUCUCCAAUUAUCCAGUAUUUUUUCACUGCAGUAGGCCACAUUUUCACUUUGUGAACGCAAAAAAAAUAUAAAGGAAUGCUUGGACAAAUAA